AUGGCACAAGCCGGUGCCGGAGGUGGCCUGGAGAUGGUGCCCCACAGCGGCGACCUGGAGCUGGAGCUGCCGGCGGUGAACUGGCUACGGCAGGACUCGCUGUACCGCGACGCCACGAGGCCAGCCCACGCCGCCCAUCAUGGACGGCAGGAGAGCUGGGUUCGGACGCUACGGCUGGCAUUCCAGUGCGUGGGGAUCAUGUACGCCGACCUCGGCGCGUCGCCGCUCUACGUCUACGCCAACACCUUCAAGUAUGGCGUCAAGCAUGAGGACGACGUCCUCGGAGUACUGUCCAUCAUCAUCUACAGCUUCAUCCUCUUCACCAUGAUCAAGAUCGUCUUCAUCGCGCUCUACGCCAACGACGAGGGUGACG